AUCACGUGCGAUGCGGAUGAGCUGCUGCUCUUCCUGGCAAAGACGGCGGACGGCGCGUGGCUGACGGCGGCUGGAGCGGCAGCUGAGACGCUCGAUACGCAAGGACGCCUCCAAGGCUUUGAGCAGAUGGAGCCCACGUUGUGGAUCAACAAUGACAAGCAUUUUGGAAAGAAUUUUCGACCGGAUGAGGGCCAAGUUCACGUGCUGGUGGUGGUCCCG